CUCCAAUUCCAGACGUAACCUUUUUAACUACAUUUUCAAUGGGUUCGUUCCAAAAUUUCAUGAUACUAUGUCGGACUUGUUUAAUACUGUCAUUACCGAUGUUAAUGGUGGUUGAGAAUCAAGGUUGUGUUUAUGAUGUGAGCCAAUUAAAAGAAAUUCCGUUUUUGCAACAUCAAGACUUAGUUCGUUGGCCAAUAGGCAUUCUUUUAUUCGUAAAAGAUCAUUAUUCAUGGCCAACUCAACCUCUUCUAUAGUUUCUCUAGCUGCUGUAAGAUUCGUAUCAUCGGCAAACAGUUGAGGACUCACUUGUCUAAGGCAGUUUGGUAGGUCAUUUAUAUAUAAGAGAAAUACGAGUGAGCCAAGAAUGGAGCCUUGUGGGAUACUCCAUGUAACACGACUCUCAGAAUUUAUUACGUCACCAAGUUGACAUUUCUGUUUAUGGUCGGUUAAAUCACGGUUAAUAAACUAAGAUGGUUGGGCUAGCCGGCCAACUUCAAUGGCGGCGUCAAAUUAUGUUGGGGAUCAAACGAUAAAAAAGUCACGUGUCCAUGAAGCGGUACGCUGUGUGUGUUUUUAUAUAGUUUUCUAUUAGGAAGAAUCAAAUAUCUGGAUAAAAUAUCAUAUUUCGCUUUGUUUGGGGAGGGUCAUUUAAUAGGUUUGUUAUCAUUAUUGUCUGGCAAGUUCGUCGAGAAGGAAACAGUCUUUUACAAAGCAAAAUGAGCGAAUACGACUGCGAAAAUGAAGCAAGCAUUGGAAGGCUCGAAGAGGUCGAUUUAUCUGAUGACAAUUCAGACGACAGUUUCAACCUUUUGUUUGAUGUUUUGGUGGCUCAAACGGAGACAAAUGAAAUUGAAAAUGAGUUCAAUUAUUAAGCUGUAAACGAAAUAAAAGGCUAGAAGGCAUUUGAGUGCGAGAAAUGCGGUAACAUAUGCAAAUCGAAAGUGCUCUUUUAAAUUGCCCCAUGCAGUGUAAGCUCAGGAAUGGAUUUACUGCGGGGGUGUGGGCAACACACUCUGGAUCUGGCUGGAUCAAUCCAUGUGUUAGCUACUAGACGAGCUACCUAAUUAAUCAUAGACAUAGUUAAUAUGUUUUAAUAUACAAGGUGUACAAAUUCUAAACAUGCCAAAGAUACAGUUGAUGGCUUUGUUGAAGCAAUCAAACCUAGAAUUAUACUGAAACGAAGGUCUAUAUGGCAACGAGAGUUCCACUGAAGCACUGUUUACUGCUCUGCUUCCUAUGUAUGAGAUAAUUUGGAAGGAAAAGAAUCAGGACAAGUUGCUCGAAACCUUUUAUGGCAUAAUUCCUCGAUUGGAAAAGUGUUGUUGAAGUGUGAUCUAGUGAUUAUAGAAUAGCAAACUUAGUACUGAUUCAACUGCUUGUUUUUUUAUUGGCAUCUAUAAGUCCUAUAAGAAUUCCACAAUGAACAAAACGCAAGACAACACGCCAGCCACACUUGAACCCAGCUGAAUGCUGACCAUUGUCCUACAUUGCUUUGCACAAGCCCACUUCUGUACCCUGGAACCAGAGGGUAUCAUGUUCACAUCCCGUAAAAACACUCGCUUUCAAGAGAAAUCCAUCUGGCAGAACACGAAUAUAUGAAUAUAUGAAUAUACACCCCCCCCCCCACCCAAUUAUCGUGCUAGAAACGGCUCUGUGCAGACUGACACGAAUCUUCUAUAUCAGAACUUGUUAACAAGUCCCAGUUAUUCUGGUUGCAUAAAGAUUUAAUUAAUCUAUUUGUUUCGCUUACCCUAUCUGCUAAAGCUUUAACAUCUGUUCUUGUUAAAAUCCCAGAAUGAUAUCAAUACCAGGACACUGUUCUUCAAUCUUGUGCGCCAAAUUAAUUACACCAUGAGCUCGUUAGUUCCUAUAUGCAGCACGAGUUGAUCUGGUUUCUUACGCAGAAUUGGAUUAACAAAAUCAUCCCUAUCUUCUAGGGAGAUCCUCAUAUUUGUACUUGCAGCUGACUUUCGAAUCACGCUCUUGUGAGGAAUGUAAAACUCUUUCACUUGGGCAACGGAUGGUGCUUUCUCGAUUAUUCCGGUUGCAAGUUGAUCUUGUAUGAUUGCAUCGUACUGAUCAGUUAAUUCUUCCCGUUGUAGCGUCCGAUUCAGACUCAUCAACGGCUUAAGACUCCCGCAUCCGUUGUUGGGCAGAUGGGGGUGAUUGGGUUUCCAAGGAAGGUUGGUUUCGUACCAACCCUCAUGAGAACGCGUAAUUGUUCCUUAAACUCGUCAAACACGAAAUACUGAUCAUGAUCUGAUACAUCUCUUAUACCCAGGAGAUCGAGUCGACAUAGCUCACAUUCUUGUCAAACUCGUUUCCGGGUGACAUUAUAAACCAGCCGAAUUUGACAGUUUGGCGAUGGGCUCACUCUGUUUACGGAUUCGUGACUUCGUUUCCGUCUCGCAUAUUCCCCGCUCCCGAGGACAACAUGAACCGGAAGUGAUGGUUUGAUAUCAUCAUCGUUCAUCGACACUCCCUUCAGAUGGGGGUAAUUUCGAAGGAGUUGGGUAUAGUUGGGGUUAGGGAUCGUCAAAAGUUCCGUCCGUUAACUUUGGUAACUUUUGUGGCUAAGCUAAAUGGGUUGUCGAGUGAUUGAAAUUCUAAGUCGUAAACCUCGAGUCUCGCAACUUAAUUUGGACGCGUACGCCAUCAACAUGUCAAUAUUCUUAGUUUGUGUCUUCUGUGGUUUAACUCGGGGUAUUUCAACUAAUCUCGCCGAUACGUAGGAAUUAUUACUCGCACCCGAAUCGAUAAAUGCUCUACAACGUAUACCGUUAAUUUCAACUUCUACGACUUCUCCGCCUGUCAUAACGACGUCUCGAUUGAGGGUUGUUUCUGCAUGGUGUUUUGAUUUCCUUUAGAUCCCAAAUCGAGGUGUGAUGCCGUUUACCAUACUUUUGGCAUGUGGUUUUACUGGCGCACGCCUUGUGAUUUGCCGACUGGCAAUUGAAGCAUAAUCUACGCUUUGCCAAUAUCUGUUUGCGCACUGACGUCGGAAAAUUUUAAAAGCUCUGUCGGCAAAGGUUUUGUCGCUCUGACGUCGACAAAGGCUCUGUCGGCUUUGUGAUCACUUCCGUCGCAAUAAACGCAGGCCCGGAGUUCUGAUCGUCGCGAGGCAUAAAAUAGGGGGUUUCUUUUCCGGUUCGUUUAGUCCAUUGUUUAAGGGCCUCAACUAACUUGUAGAAAUCCCAAUCUUCCCACUGAGGGUCUUUAUGCACUAAAUCCUCUCGAAUAGCGUCGAAACGUUGCCCUUUACAGCAGAAGGAUAGAAUCGAGCCGGGAGCAUUUUACUUGACAGGUUUGGCAAAGACUCAGAAAUAGCGAAGGUCCUUAUGCGUGAAAUCCUUGAUCCACCUGUCAUUCAAGGCACAAAUCCUAAGAAAAAACAAAACUUUAGUGACAAGUUGAUGUACAGUGUGCAAGCCCAAGAAACGAUGAAAAAUCUCGAUCAAGUAAACGGAGCCGUAGCGAUGACCCUCGACAAAUUACCCUGUAUUUUCACUUUCUCGCCGAGUAAUUCACGAAGAUAA